AUACGGGGUCGCAGCAACAACCCCCGCGUUAUGAUAACCACGGGAGUGCUAUCACAGCAGUGAAUGCGGGGAGAUGCUAGUCAGUUCUGACCUAUGUCUAUCAGGAGUUUACAUCGACGGGUGUCUGGACCCGGGGGAUAUGUGCAGCACUUCCACAGCCAAAACGGAGAGAAAACUUUGCUUAUCACAAAGGCUAGGUCAGCAGAGCAGUCGGUCAUAUGGAGGGACGGCGGAGCGGACAACGUCGUCGGCGGCGUCGGAGGCGGCGAAAGACGCGGCGGUGGUGGUGGCGGUGGCGGUGGGGGCGGCUCCAGACGCGCGCCCAGCUUGCGCCUAGCGAACGGCCGCGUGGCCGCCGCACAGUCCGAAGAAGAGAUCCGAACGCCGCCGCCGCAUUGCCGCCUCGCCAAAGAUGACUCGAUCAAGAUCAGCAUCGAGAACACCAACACGUGCACCGACUCCCUGGUGACGGCCAUCGACGACGAAACGUUACUCAUCACGGACCUAUCCAACGACAUGAAUUACAAGGGCAGCGGCAAGGUGCACUUCGACGAUGUGUCGUUGUACGGGACGCCGAAAGAGGAGCCCGGCCCGACGCCGCUGGGCUCCGCAGAAGCCGGCAAACAGAGCUUCAUCAAGAACCAAUUGCAGGCCCUUUUCCAGCCCACCGACAACAAAUUGGCGAUGAAGCUGUUCGGCUCGAAGAAGGCGCUGAUGAAGGAGAGGAUCAGGCAGAAGGCCGCCGGCCAUUGGGUCAUACAUCCUUGCUCCAGCUUCCGAUUUUACUGGGACUUGUGCAUGUUGCUGUUAUUGGUGGCGAAUUUGAUCAUCCUGCCUGUAGCGAUAAGUUUCUUCAACGACGACUUGAGCACGCGGUGGAUUGCCUUCAACUGUCUGUCCGAUACAAUUUUUUUAAUCGACAUUGUUGUGAACUUUAGAACGGGUAUUAUGCAACAAGACAAUGCCGAGCAAGUCAUAUUAGAUCCGAAACUUAUAGCUAAGCAUUACUUGAGGACGUGGUUCUUCCUCGACCUGAUUUCGUCCAUUCCCUUAGAUUAUAUAUUUUUAAUAUUCAACCAAUUUUUAAAUAUGGCCAGCGUCUUUAUGAGGAUAUUCAACUUAAUUUGUAUGAUGCUUCUUAUCGGUCACUGGUCGGGCUGCUUGCAAUUUUUAGUGCCCAUGCUGCAGGGAUUCCCGCCGAAUUCUUGGGUUGCCAUCAACGAACUGCAGGAAGUGUCUUGGUUAGAGCAAUACUCCUGGGCCCUGUUCAAGGCCAUGUCCCACAUGCUUUGCAUUGGGUACGGGAGGUUCCCGCCCCAGUCUCUGACGGACAUGUGGCUGACGAUGCUGUCCAUGAUAUCCGGCGCCACCUGUUAUGCCUUAUUCUUGGGUCACGCGACCAAUUUGAUACAGAGCUUGGACUCGUCCAGGAGGCAGUACAGAGAAAAGCAAGUGGAGGAGUACAUGGCGUACCGGAAGCUGCCGCGCGAGAUGCGCCAGCGCAUCACCGAGUACUUCGAGCACCGCUACCAGGGCAAGUUCUUCGACGAGGAGUGCAUCCUGGGCGAGCUCUCGGAGAAGCUGCGCGAGGACGUCAUCAACUACAACUGCCGCUCCCUGGUGGCGUCGGUGCCGUUCUUCGCCAACGCCGACUCCAAUUUCGUCUCCGACGUCGUUACUAAGCUGAAAUAUGAAGUCUUCCAACCUGGUGAUAUUAUUAUAAAGGAAGGAACCAUCGGUUCCAAGAUGUACUUCAUACAAGAAGGUAUAGUCGACAUCGUGAUGGCUAACGGGGAGGUGGCGACCAGCCUGAGCGACGGCUCCUACUUCGGUGAGAUCUGUCUGCUGACGAACGCCCGCAGGGUGGCGUCCGUCAGGGCGGAGACCUAUUGUAAUUUGUUUUCGUUAUCCGUGGAUCAUUUCAACGCUGUACUCGAUCAGUACCCGCUGAUGCGUCGCACAAUGGAAUCGGUCGCUGCGGAGAGGUCAGUGCGUUGGCUAAACAAAAUAGGCAAAAACCCGAACCUCCUGGUGCACCGAGAAGAAGACCUCGGCAGCGAAAGCAAGACCAUCAACGCCGUGGUGAACGCCCUCGCCGCCGAAGCGGAUAAUGUAAAUAUGUCCAACGAAUCAAUGUCGCGGCUCCAUUCCAGCGACAGGGACCUGCGCGAGAUUGGCUGGAACCUGCAGAAGCUGACGUUGCCCAGGCCGAAGUCGGAGAACAACUUCGCCUCGCAGGACAUGUCGCUGUUCAGGAGCAGCGAGAACAACGGGCGGAUAUCGUUCCACAAAUCCGAUACGUUCCACAAGGAGUCGAGCCUGCAAUGACGGCACUCCACGCACUAGUGUUCAGUGUUGUCGGAGCAACUGUGCCAGAUGCCAGUGCUGACUGUGGCCACAGCGGCACUGAUUCUGCGCACGGACCACCAUUGAUCUGGCUAUACACUGCGCUAGUGCGUGCGAUAACGCAAAAGGUGUUUUAUUUUCACGUUGUUUUCGAAGCAAGUGAUAGCGGACACUUCGCUAGAAUUGUGCAAUAUUAGAACUAUAAAGUUUAGCUUUAAUAAUUUAGGUGCUCAACAAAUUUAUAUUGGAUAUUAAAGACUACACAAACCCGGUUUUUGGGCACUCCCCGUUCUUGAUUUUGCGUUUGCCUGUUUAGAUGACUGAGACAGUGAUGAUUUUGUGAACGUCAUCAAUUUUUAUUAGUGUAUAUUUAAAAAACUCGUUUUGAAGCAAUACGGCUGGAUUUGUGAUUAAAUAAAAAUUUAAAUAUACAAACGAAUGGGAAACUUAGCGAACCUGUUUUAGCAAAAAAUAUUAUUGAUUCUAUCUCGUUUAUUUCUAUUUUUUAAAGUAAUAAAAUUACAUAUCCGAAUAUUUUUUAUUCUCGUUUUGUAAGAAAUAUUAUUUUAAUAGAUGCGUUUUAAUCUUAUAAAUUUUUCAAGAUAAAUAUGCCUGCAGUCUGACUAAGUAUAAAUAACAUAGAAGCUGCAUUAAUGAAACCCCUGCAAUAAAGCCUGCACAAUUAUUGUAACGUAAUAGCAAAGUACGAAUAAAAACCCUCUUGAUAUAUUACCCUACAAACUUGUAAAUACGGAAGCAUUUUAUAAAUUAAAAACAGGACGUAUAUUGUAAACGCAAUGAAAUACUAGAAAAAUGCACAUUACAAAGUUAUGCUUAAUGAUAAUUUUAUAGGCAAAUAUUUUAUUUCUCUUGUAAAAAGUAAACGUGGAAACCAUUUAUUUAAAACUCGGGCCAAAGACAUAAAGGUGGUUUUGUCUUUACCUUCGGUUUUAUUCGGAAAAAAGCAUUAGGAAUUGAAAAAUUGAAAUAACGUCAAUUUAACGCUGAAGAAAUCAAUAUUUUAUAAAAACCGAAAAUAUUAAAGAACGAAAGUUUGUUAACAAGGCAACUGGCACGACAUACAACUCAUACAAGUGCCCGAAAUAUCUAUUUUUAAUUACCCAUUUUCUACCUAGCAACUAUCCAAUGUAAUUUCCUCUUCACGUUUACUUUUUCAACAAUCUCUUACCAUCGCCAUUCCUAAAACAAUAACAUAUCCGGAGCGAACGAAACUAUUUUGUAAUUGGAAAUUUAUAAUGAAAUUUCGGUAAUUUUCCCUGUUGAAAUUUUCUAGUCUAGUUAAUCCGAAUGGGAUGGUGGAGAUUUUAAUUGUGAAAAUGCAACCAGAAACCGCGGUUCUACGAAACGUGCAACGGCUCUACGUUAAGAAAAUGAACAUUCCUGCGGUAUGAAAUACAUUAGAAACCAAAAAGUAGGUUAGGCCUAAUGUUUUUCUUAGAUAAGGAGUUCAAAUGUACCUAUGACGCCGCAGGAACGAAACGCAAAGAUGUGCUUUCUUCUAUGAUAAACGAGAGGAAUAAGUCAACAUGGAAAAGUUAUUUUUCUACCAGGAUAAUCAAAAAGUUCUUACCCAACCCGUUAAGCUCUAUAAAUUUGUUUUAUGAGUUUAUUAAGCAAUUUAAAAAGUGCCAAAUACUACGAACACUUUUGCAAUUCGAAAUUAAUAUUAUCUACAAUUUAAAUUUAAAUACUCGUUGAUAAAGAAAUGAAAAAAUACUAUUAAAGGUAGUGAACUUUUUGAAUAUUCCAUCUGUUAUUCCCCUCUUUGCUUUUCAUUGAAAGUAGCCACUUUUCAUAUCAAUCACCCGAUCAAGCAAAAAAUCAAACAAAAUUGAUGCAUAUUUCAAAACCUGCGUGAUGGGAUAUUGAAAGAUCCAGGUGAUUGGCAUGACUGAACAACUUUAUAAAUUACAUUUAAAGAAGGGACUCUUCACAUUAGCUGUGAUCUACAAUACGGACGUCUGAAAAUGGUCUACUUUUCGUUCGAGAUUUCAAUGUUAAAAAUCGAUUUGUAAUUCUUUUAGCUGUCAUACGCUUGCGAUAUUUUUGAAUUGAACAAUUAGAAUGUAAGUUAAAAGAACACGAGGUAUCGAGAUUUCGCUUGUUUCGUAUUUAGAUAUUUUAUAUUUUUCGAGUGACUUGUAGAAUAUUUUGUUCGUUACGACUUCGACUAAAGAGCACAAGAAUUCCUACAAUUUUCAUGAAUUUAGGGUUGUUUUUCGAAUAUUUAUAGUGCUCUACGAGUCGAGUUAGCGUAUUAGUUAUCGGACGAAGAGGUCCGAUGGCGCUCACUUUAAAGCAAUAGUUCAAUUGAAUCAAACUACUGGCAGAAGAAACAAAUUAUUUUCGAAAUGCAAUACUUGUGAUGUAUUAUUAAAGUUGCUUUAUAUCAUCGAUUUGAUAAUAGAAAAACUUUUAAGGGUGCAUUGAAAACGAUAAUAAUUAAAUCAAAAUGUAUCAAUAUUUAAAUAGUUAUUUAUAUAAUUUCAAUUAUUAUAUUCAACUCCAUGGAAUAAUUAUUUUAUGCUAUGUCCACUAUUUUCUUGGGACCAAUUUUUUACUUAUUCUAAUUUUUUGUCAACAAAAACAGUACCUACUUUUAAAUUGCUAAACGCAAUGAAUUCUCAAUAGAAUUAUCUACGAAUUAUAAAAAAUUUGCUCAUUCAUCUAAAAUUCAAUUGACCGGAAAUCAAUUAUCGUUUUUAAUGAGCCCAAAAAUGAUUCGUUUCACUGCGUACUUCAUAAUUUCAUUGUAAAUAUUUAGAUAAAAACAGGAUUAGCUAAUGUUGUAAUUAAGUAAGUUUUUUCUAAUCUGCAAAACGGUAUUAUUUUCUAUAUUAGUCACUCGCCAUUGGUACGCAAAUUGACUUCAGUAAUCAAAAAUCAUCUGAAUUUUAAAUCAUUGUAGUGCAAUUAUUAAAAGAUAGUUAAAAUUUCGGGUGCGGGAUGCUCGAAAUUGAUGAGUGAUAUUUGUUUUAAAUAAUGUACAGUGAUUUUUUAAAUGUAGAUGACUGAAGUAUCAAUAUAAGUAAAAUGUAUGUGUCAUUUUAGUUACGUCUACGGGAUGUUGCAACUGUGAAAGGACUGAAGAACGCUCGAUUUUAUACGAAACAUUGUCUUUGAUAAUUUAAAGAGUAUAGGAAUCGUUAAAGUAAUAAUUAACUUCAUCAUCUAAUAAAUCAGUUAUGCACGGAACGUGUAUUGAGAAAUUUAAAUUUUGAACUUCUACAUAUAUAUUUUUCAUUAAUAAAAUUGUAUACGUAAAAACUAAAAAACCCACAUGAGAUACUGUGUGUCACAGUGCAACAUAACUAGUACUACCUAUUUAAAUAUAUAGAUUGUAAAGAAAUAAUAUCAAUUAUAUCAUUCUUUUAAUUUUAUAGAUUUCACAAUUUUGCCAUGAUGAAAUCCUAGCAUAGACUGAAAAAUAAAUUGAGAUGCUUUAUUAAAUAUGACAUGUAGAGUAAAGAAAAUAUAUGAGAAGUUAUAGAAAAAAAAUCAAAAGGUUUUCUUAAGAUAACUGGACUUGUUAAUAAUAAUUAAAAAAAUAUGUAAGUUCUAAUUGAAGUAGGCAUUCUAUACAGGGUUCUAAAGAAUUAAUAUGUAUAAGGACUGUGAGGAAUUUUGCAAAUUUUCAAAUGUAUAAUUAAAUGUUUAGUCAAGUAUUUUUUUAAUUAAUCGUAAAUCGACUAUUUUAAUUAUCUUUUCCCAUUCGCUCUAGUUUAAUUAUGAUAGUUAAUAAAAAAUGAAUUACUCAAUCAAAUACAGCUUUUUUCAAAAAAAAAAAAAUCUUUCAAAAAACUCUUCAAUAAGACAAUCUGCGUUUGAUUUGCAUCUCUUUGAAACGAAUCUUUUUAUACGGACGCAUUCUUGAAUAGGAGUUAAUUAAAAACCUCAACACUACCUCGUAGACAAGUAUUGAAUAUUUUAAGAAAACCUUGGUUUAGUUGUAAAAGUAAUAAAUUCACAUAGUUUAUAAACUAGCCGUUCUAUGAAAUUUUUUGUUAUAUUUUUACCGAAAGUGCUCAUAUGCUGUUAUCAUGUCUAGAGAGUAUGUUUAUGUAGACUAAAACGAGAGAAGCUAUAAUAUAACAUGUUUGGGUUUACAGCACAUUAUUAAAUUCCGACUUUUAAAAGUAAAAAUGUAAUGUCAAAUGUUACAAAAAAUGUUUAAGAUAAUCAAUUUAAAACCGAUUACCCAUAUUAAAUUAAUCAAACAAGCAUUUCGAAAUGGCUUUUUUACUUUUAAAAUUCAGAAACUUUUAUCUACUGUGGAAUUUUAGUAGCAACAUAACAGUGCAAAAAAACCAUUUAAAUAAAUAAUAAAAUUAAUUAAACCAUUAACAUUGGCGUUACAGCAAAAUGCGGAUUAAAAAAAUAAUCCGCCUGAUUAAUUACAGUUUACAGGUAAAAUUAUGCGUUAAAAUGUUGUCUUCGGUAAAUGUACCUGCGCAAUACUAAAUAUGUGAUCUCUAAAUGAUGUUUCAGAUAAAAAUUGGAUAUAAUUUUAGUUUAACUUUUCAGUAUAACAAAAAAAUGUUGUAAAUAACUGUAGAAAGUGCCUCUUUUCAAUUGCGCAUUGCUACUCUCUUGGUCAACUAUUAGAGGUGUAAUAUCAAUUAAUUUAAUGUUUCAACUGUUGUUAAAAUUUGGUUUUAAAUAAAGCUGCAUUUUUACAAAAAAAAUAUAA